AAACAAUUUAAAAUGAUAAAGGAUCUUAAUCCCAAGUAAAUUUAAUUUCCAAAACUAACCUUAGUUGUGAACAUAAACAUAGUAAAUCGUUCUUCUAAAUAUCCUAUCAAACUAUGUAAUGGUCCAAGUCUUCCAUUCCUAUAGCCAUUAUUAACCAAACUAUUUCAGAUGAAGUUAAACUUAUAAAUCAAUAAGGAAUAGUAAAGUGUAAAACACUUAAUAGUAUUGAAAACUAUUUAUAUUACGAAACAAAAAAAGUAGGUUAAUAUGUUUUACUGUUUUAGGGGAAAACUAAAUGGAUUGAUAUUGAGAAUGCUAUACUAGAACUAUUUUAUCAUCCUAAAUUUGGUUCAGCUUUGAGACUAAUAAAAUGUUUUGAUGUUGUUGAAAUCUAUUGUGAUGCAAAAUCAUGGCUUCGAUACCUUAAACUUUAUACAACACAAUGUGAUUUCAAUGCUACAUAUAUAAUCAAAAAGAAAAUUGGCAAAGGUUAAUUUUCAGAUGUAAAAAUUUUAAUAUUUCAAUCUAGGUUUAUAAAUGUAUAAAUAAAUAUGAUGGAAAUGAAUAUGCUGUUAAAAUUUAUUAAAAAUAAAGUUUAAUUGAUGAAGUUGAUAGAGCUGCAUUAUUGAAACGAAUUUCUGUUCAUAGAAGACUUCAAUCAGAAUUCGCUCUUAAAUUUUAUGAGAUCUUUGAAAAUAGUGAAUCAGUCUUUGUAGUCUUAGAAUUGAUAAUGGGAGGUAAUCUCAUGAAUUAUAUUGCCAGAGAAGAUUGCUUUUAAGAAGAUCAAGCAGCUAAAAUAAUAUUUAGAUUAGUCAAAACAGUCAGUUAUUUACAUUCAAAGAAUAUUAUAUAUAGAGAUUUAAAGCCUGAUAAUUUUGUAUUUAGAAUUGAUGAUAAUAUUGAGACACUUUGUAUCAUGAAAUUUUAAUUGGCUGAUUUCUAUGAUCCAGAAGUGAAUUAUUAAUAUGUUUGUUGUGGAACCCCUGGUUUUAUUGCUCCAGAAAUCUUACUUCAUCAAAACUAUGAUUUUAAAGUUGAUGUAUUUAGUAUUGGAGUUAUUCUCUAUAUUUUAAUGACUGGAACAUUACCUUUUGAUGGAAAUACUGAUAAAAGAUUAUAAUAAAAUGUUGAAGGUGAAGUUGAUUUCACUUCAGUCAAUUUAAGUCCUCUUGGUCUUGAUUUUAUAACUGCCACCCUAUAACCAAACCCUGAAGAAAGAUUGACUUCUCAUCAAUGUCUAAAUCAUUAAUGGUUUGUUUAAGAACAAUUAGCUAAAUUAAAAAUGAUGUAAAUCAAAAAACCAUCUUAAUUACAAAAUCAAUAUAUUGCUAGAAGAAUUAAAUAGUCUAAAACUUUGACUUUGAGUACUUCCUCUCCUAGAAGUCAAAUUUCUAUUUAGAGUCCUAGAAAUCAUAAUUUGCAAUAAAAUUAAAAUUUUUCUUUGAAACUUAACUCAUAUAACACUGAAAAACUUAUUGGACCUUCUUUCAGUUCCAAAAAUAUUAUUCAAUUUGAAAAAGUCUAAACUUAACUUCCAGAAGAUGAUAAUAAUGAAGAUUAGAUUAAUUUAAAAGUAUCCUUUAAAGGCGAAAUUAAAUCAUCAAGGAAAAAAACUUAAUCUUUUGUGAUUAAAUCAAAUUCAACCGCAAAGUAAUUCAACAUUCUUAAAUCAAAGUUUAAAUGAUGAUGAUGG